ACAACAAUACCUUACGCAUAACUAAUAGCCACAGAACCCAGCGAGGGCCGUUCUACAAUAGCAAACAGAACAUUCUCAAAGCAGCCUCGUCCAGAAAGAAGCCAGCCGUUCGCUGGACAGUGGAACUGAAACUGCGGAAAUGUUUUUUUGAGAUUUUUGUUGCUAUUUUUUAUUUAAUACAUUUUAAGGAGUGAAGCUCGCUAUUAAAGCGUCGCUAUAACAGUUAGACUUCGAACUAAAAGGGAUUCAUGCUAAACCAUGAACCAAACGAGGAAUGUUCAGCUUUUUCUAUUGGUGGUCAUAUCUUCAGUGUUGGGCAGAGCCUCUGAGCUGGCCUUCCUGAAGGAGCCCAAUGAUGUCAUCGCCGUGCGUGACCGGCCCCUGAUGCUGGACUGCCAGGUAGAAGGGGAGGGGCCUAUCUCUGUGAUGUGGCGGCGCAAUGGAGUGUCCGUUCCCACCGGGCCGAAGGCUAGCGUGUUGGCCAACGGAACUCUCCUGAUCAAGAGCUUCCAGAAGAGGAGAGAGAGCAACGAGACGGACGCUGGGGAGUAUGCCUGUGCUGCCCAGAACCACUAUGGCAUGUUGAUCAGCCGCAAGGCCAGGGUUCAGCUGGCAUCUCUCCCUAAGUUCCACAUACACCCAGAGUCCAUGUCGGUGGAUGAGGGUGGCGUUGCCAGAUUGACCUGCCAGGUGAACGGAAUCCCAGAGGCCAGCAUCUCCUGGGAGAAAAACAGAACUGCUGUGAAUACUGACGAUAACAGGUACACCAUCCUGCCCACAGGGAUCCUGCAGAUAACCGGUGUAAGGCGGGCUGACAGUGGUGUGUAUCGCUGCGUAGCCACCAACAUCGCUAACACUCGCUACAGCAAUGAGGCCCAGCUCACUGUCACUGUGGCAGCUCCACGGAUCUACAAGGAGCCGGUGAUUCUGUCGGGUCCUCAGAACCUGACCAUCACUGUGCACCAGACCGCCAUCUUGGAGUGCAUCGCCACUGGCAACCCUCGACCCAUUGUGUCCUGGAGUCGGCUGGACGGGCGCUCCAUCGGGGUGGAGGGUAUCCAGGUGCUGGGUACGGGGAACCUGAUGAUCUCAGAUGCCAACUUGCAACACUCUGGGGUAUACGUGUGCUCUGCUAACCGCCCUGGCACCAGGAUGAGGCGUACUGCGUUGGGCAGACUGGUGGUGCAGGCUCCUCCUGAGUUUUUGCAGUGGCCGCAGUCUGUCUCCAGACCAGCAGGGAGCAGUGCAGUGUUCACCUGUAUGGCCCAGGGAGUCCCCGAGCCUCACCUCAUCUGGCUGAAGAACGGCAAAAUCCUGACGCCUGGUGACAACGUCAAGCUCACCAACAAUAACAGCACGCUGGCGGUGACGCGCAUCACCACGGAUGACGAGGCCAUCUACCAGUGUAUUGCUGAGAACAGCGCUGGCACCAACCAGGCCAGUGCCCGCCUGGCCCUCACCCAGUCCACGGAGUUGCCCGAGGCCCCUCAGGAUCUGACGGCCACGGCCCUGUCCCCCACCACUCUACAGCUCACCUGGGCCCAGCCUGCCCCAGAGGUCACCGACGGCAUAAUCGGAUAUGUGCUGCACAUCCGCAUGUUGGGCGAGCCAGACAGCAGAGAGCUGCAGGAGGCUGUCAGUAAGACCACCUUCCAGCAUGACUUCACCACCCUGGAGCCUGCCACCACCUACUCCAUCUACCUCAAGGCCUACUCCCCUCUGGGAGCCAGCCAGCAGUCCAGCACUGUGGUGGCUACAACACUAGGGGGCGUACCCAGUUCUCCCAGUUUCUUCACCAAGGUGCUGAACAAGACAGCCAUGCAGGUGUUCUGGGAGCUGCCCAGUAAGUCGGGCAAGGUACAGGGCUUCAAGCUGUCCUACCGCGAGGUCCCCCAGCCCAACUUCCAGGGGCAAGAAGUAUUUCCCGGUCACAUCAACACCCACACCAUCUCCCAUCUAGAACCCACUGCUGUGUAUGAGAUCCAAUUGGUGGCCUACAACGGCAAUGGGGACGGCACUGCCAACAAGCGUCUGGUUUCACUGGCUGAGAGUGGUACCAGCGCCAAGACCAGCUCCGGUGGGCAGAGCCCAUGUAACUGCAAGCAGGAGGAUGAGGGGUCCAUGACUGGCAUUGUGGUGGGAAUCCACACUGGCAUGGCAUGUAUCAUUUUCUGUGUGCUGUUCCUCAUGUUUGGCUACCGCCGCAGCUUCUUCUGCAGGAAGGGGACCCAAGAUGGCUGGUCAGGGCCCCGAGGAGGAGACAGGAACCAGCGGGCUGGCCCACCAAAAGAGGGGGUGAUCCGCAUGCCCGAGGUCAUUGAAUUAGUGCCUCAAAGAUGUGACUCUAUCACUGCUCCAGUGAUGGUUGUUAAGGGUCAAGCCCCCCCAGCGCAGUGCCAAGUCCUCAUCGAGCAGCCCCCACCAUGCCAGCCUGGCACAGGCACCGGCUAAAGCACCCAAACACCAUUCCACUUACCUCCCCCAACCCCAGUCCCCUUACCCUGAGAAAUGAAUGGCUGUUCUAUGGUUCCUCCACCUCACCUGCCCACCAACGCCUUAGCCAUAGUCUGCCUAUUGCAGCAUCCAGCCGUAGUUCUAGCAGUGAAUGAGAGAGAGAGAUUGAGAAUGAAACUGAGAGUAAGAGGUGAUGUGUUGAGAACUUCUGUUGAAUGUACAAUACCACAAAGGAAAACAUUUAUUUUAUAAUAGCUUCAAGUAAAAGUAGUACCAAUGUAGUCAUGAGUAACUAUUGGGAUGUUAGCCCCAUUUCUGUCUUGUGUCUUUUACACCAAAGCUGAAAGCCUUAUUUUAACAUUUUAUGUUUAGUUCCAUGGAUUUGAUAGCCAUGGAGGAAAUGGGCACAGGCCAUUUAUUAUUCAAAAUGACUCAUUAGGUAAAAUGCUGCUGGCUCAUCUCUGAAGAUAACUGCAAUAUUACUGUAUUCCUUAUAUUUUCAGUGUGGUAUUGGACAUUGUGCAUCUUCUUAAAACCAAAACUCAUAAAUAGCUUCAUUUUAUGUCAUUUUAAGUUAAUGGCCAAUGGUGCCAUUUUCAGGUUCUGAUAGAUAUACUGAGGCCUUUUACCAGUUUGAACAGUGAACGUGGCUCUCAGAUGAUUAGAUGUUGAGCUUGAGUCAAUGGAUGAGAUAGAAAGUCUAUCAGUCUUACAUUGGGGCCAGUACCAAAGUGAUUUCUCUGUUCAGCUUGUGAUACAGUAGAUAUAGUGAAUGUUUUCAGUCGCUUGGUGUUCUCUGGUUAGCGCCACAAGAUUGCACCUCGGGGCUACGUAACGUGGUCGGCUUUAGCCUUGCCGAACCUGACUGAGUUGAUUGUUUGACUGAGUUGAUUGUUUGACUGAGUUGAUUGUUUGACUGAGUUGAUUGUCUCACCGUGUUAGCCUUGAGGCGGUCCGGGGUCGAGGGAUCACAGAUUCAGCCAUUUCUGUUCAACCCCCUAUCCCAAACUCUUUGUUAACUUUCUGCUCCCCCACCAAAACGUUUUACCUCCAAAGAUAGCUACCUCAGCCUGACGAGAACGUCAGAGCUAUCAAGGUAACCAUUUUGCCUGUUGUGCUGCUGGUCAAGCAUACCUACCUCAACCAAAAGGGUACUUCUGUGCCCCCUUUUCCUUUUCUUUUUGGGUGCCAAAUGCCAGUCCUGUGCCAGCUGCCACUCCUUGUGUUCAGAGGGUGGUACACUCUUUCGAUUCCUCCCUGUCAAGAAAAGGAGGAGGCCUUGGAUCGUGAUUGAAUGUCACUAGGCCCAUCUUCUACCCAGAAUGUAACUGGUUCGAUCUGUGGGUUUGCCAGUUCACUUAUGUUGUUUGACAUUGUAUAAUUCCUGAUCGCCGAUUUUCUGCUUUAAUCGCCUGCCUGCUUCUAAUCCUGCUAUUGGGACUCAACACCUUGUCCAACCCCUGAACGUCUGCCUUAAUUUAAAGCGGUUCAUUCAGAGUUGGGUCACUUCAGCUACUGAUAUGCAGUAUGGAAGCACAUGGAUAUGAUUCAAGUACAUAUUCUACCUCAGACUCAGCAGCUUCACAAACGGGUGAUGGAGAGACAACCAUCAUUGAUGAUGUCACAACAAGCGGUCUUGGAGCCCAGCUGUGGAGCACUACAAGAACAACAAACAUGUCUCCUCAGUUAAACAGGGAAAGCGAGAUGAAUGUCUCUUUAUUAAGGCACCACCUGCUGCUGCCAUCACCAUCUCGUCUCACUGGAGGAAGACAUGACUCAGAAACGUGCAACAGGAAACAAAGUUGGAAGCCUGACAGAAAGUGAGCGAUAAAUAUGAACGCACAGCAUUUUUUAAACUUUGAACAUUGCAUGAAAGUAUGGACAUUAAGGAAUAUAAAGCCCAAGUUUCACCAUUCUGUUAUGGAUGAAUUUGCUGACUAUUUUGCCCUUUCCUGCAGAAUUCCAAAAUGUAAUUAGUUAGAAAUGUAUAUUUUUGCCAUUUUCAGGAAGCUUUCUGUCACCUACCAAAGGUGAUUGGUUUGCAGUGCCUCAAAUACCUUUGUUGUCAUGGGAAAAUUCUGUUCAGCAGACCAUGGUUAACUUUCUCGAGUGACUAAUUUGUCUUGUAUUUUGUCUUCAUGUCUAUUCAUAUUCAAUUCUUACCUCACACUUACUGCACGAAUGACACUAGCUUUUACCGUAGACCGCUGUUUCAACAAAUAUUUCCAAAUAUUCUAUGAAAACCAAGUCGAACGAUAUCCAAAGAUGAAUGAUUGUUACGGUUUUCAGUCUUUCCUCGAUUAACUUUUUUUUUUUUUUAAGUUGUUUUUAGUUGGGUUCCCGUUAUAAGGUGCUGCCAUUAGCCAAUGAUGAGACAAACUAAGAAACACAAGCAGCUUACAUAAACAGCUUACAUAAACCCCAAAACUAAUUACAAAGAUAAUUCAAGAAACCACCUGUAACACUGUAAAAUGUUCACAGAUAGUUUUUCACGUGUCUCACUGGCAGACCACUUGAGGCAUGGAAUUCCACAUAUUUUCACUUUCUUUUCAACAUAACAUUUUACUUUGAAAACUGAAAAUGGGAUAUAUAUUUUCAUGUAUUGUUACAAAUAACUGUCCUUUGAAGUAUAGAAAUACUAUAACCAUAUUCUAACAUUUUAAAUAACUUCUGUUCCAUUUAUUAAUGACCUCACCACAGGAAUAGCCGUGUUGUGAUAGAGCACCGACUUCCCCUUUUUGUAACUACUGAAUAAAAUCCCGGUCAAUUUGUUGGAGAUACUCGGGCAAGUCUCCAUCAAUCACAAGAGGAUUCCAUUUAGGUACAUUUGUUUUCAGAUCCUCCAAAUGAAUUGUGUUGUAACUGUUUGAAUGGCUGUGAAAAACGUAGCCUCACUACAAGUUUAUGCCUCUGUUUUGUGUGGAUGUCCAUCUUUCAUUGCCAGUUUCUGAAGCUAGUAUUCUGUGCAGAAUUGGACUAGCUACCGCUACAUACCCUAACAAAGUCACAUAGUGCCACUGUCCUCAAGGUUUUAGUUCAACUGUAUCACUGAUACCAUCCUUUUUUUUUUUUUUACUGUGAAUAACCUAUCUACCAUUUUUUGGGGGCAGUAUGAUAAGUGUGAUACCAAAAGGAAAAAUGAAAAACAUUAUGGUCAAUAUUUUAUUAUUUGAAUAACAAGACAUAAGUUGACCCAAUAUUUCUUUGAACAAAACAAUUUUUUUUUUUUUAAAUGAUAUGCUUUUCUUUUUAUAGAACAUUUCUUCUUCAUUCAUUUUAUAAAUGUUCCCUCUCGAGGUUGGUCCUGCUGCGUAUGGGAAACCUUGCCAAAAUGUAGACGUUCCUUUUUAAAAUGUUAUUAUUGUUAUUAAUAUUAUAAUUAUUGCCAUUGUUGGAUUCACUCCUUUCAUUUUGAUUUCAUAUUGGUUGGCUCGUUUGGUUUCUGUUUUAUUUGUAGUUGAAGGAUGUGAACAUGUUUGCUAGAAAUGUGAGAAUUCUAACUAGAACGGUGUGUUGUCAGAAAAAGGUUGUGUAAAAAACUGUAUUUUGACAUUGAAGGAACGAUACCUCAAACUGUCUUGUAUUCUCCAAAUGGAUAUUUCCUAUCUUAACUCCUUUAGCAGCAGCUCAGCCACAACCAUGUUAAGUUCAUUUGCAAAGAUGGACACUUGCCAUACUAAAGUAAGCCAUAUAGGAGUUUUCCUAAGCCAUAAUACUACUGUCGUGUAUUACAGUCCAUACUUUGAUAUCAGGUCACUGAAUUUGAACCUAUCAACUGAGUACAGUAUUUCUUGAUGCCAGACGCACAACCUACCUCUUGCUAAACAUUUACACAUAAUACAAAACACCUGAAAUGUAGAGAAGUAGUGAAUGAAUGCUAGAACCAAUGAAAAAAUAAAUGCUUUAAUGUAAACUGCUUUUAAACUAGUUACAGACCAGAUGAAAGAGAGGAAGAUGUGUAUGUGUACCAUUAUAGCACAACUAGAGACCCCUACAAAUGGAUCAUUGUUUGGUUAAUAAAUUAAUUGAUCUAACGCAGAGUAAGAUCACAUUGUAGUUGUUUUUGUCCCUGACCUUUGAACCAUAGGCCUCUGGUUGAUAUGACUGUUUGAAUAUGUCAACUGUUUCUUUAAGUUUUUCCUUCUUUCAACUGAAAUGACACCUGUAAACCAAAUAAAACUAGGAUUAUUAUGUA